UUUUCUAAAAGAACGGGGCUGGUACUAAAACAGAAUAUGAGCAGAAGUGAAAAAGUUACUGUUGGUAUCUACUUACUUGCGGUUUAUUUGUAUUGUGCGAUGUUCGUAGGUCGGAAGUUUAAUCUUCAGACCGACAUUGAGGACUGUUUCUACCUGUUUGGAAUUACUAAUUCCGCAAUUAAUCUCACAUUAAUGAGGAUGAACAGAUCAAAACUGACAAAUUUGUUGAUUUUACUAGAGACCUCAUCGGAGUACCAAAUAAAGAGGAAAAGUGAGCUUCGGUCUGAAUUGGAGCGGCCGUUGACGGUAGUGGGUCGACUUACUGUUGCACUAGGAAUUGCUCCUUAUGCGUCCGGAAUUUUGGUUUGGUUACUAAGAGAUAAUCGAAAUGGCCUUCCUUACGGUUCCAUGCCCAGGUGGAUGAAUUACAAUUAUACCGCGUGUUUGCUUUUCCAAGUUACCAAUACAUUGUUCCUGGUUAUAGAAUAUUUAAGACCGGCUGCAAUCAAAAUAUGCAUAAUGUUGCAAUUGAAAACGCAUUUAAAAUACUUAAGAAUGAGCACCGAGGAGGUACUUGACGAUGCUAAGAAAGAGUUCUGUUCAAUAAGUAAAAUCGCUUCAAAUUUAGUCAGCAAAAAUAACGUUCCGUGGCCGUAUCAACAAAAACAGUUAAAGCGAAUUAUCAUGCAUCACAACCACAUUACAAGAAUUGCAAAUGAAACUGAGGAAGUAUUCAACAAGUGUGUUUUAGUAAAUUUUCUUAGCUUAUCUUUUCUAAUCUGCAUCAUUCUGUUUCGCAUAGCAAAUGCGCCACUGUUUACCGUUGAAUUUUUUAAAAUGUCCAUAUACUUCAUUGGGGCGAGUGCCUUAUUCUUUGGGGAUUGUUUUCUUACACAAAGAGUCCUAAACGAAAAUGAAGCACUCGCCUUUUCAUGCUACAAUAUUGACUUUGUAGGCACUAAUUUGCCAUUUCAAAAAUCCUUAAUUUUAAUAAUGGCUAGGGCGCAAAGAUCGAUUCGUUUUACAGUGGGAAAAUUUGCACCAUUAAGUAUUGUUACCCUUGUUACUAUUUUGAAGGCGUCAUAUUCCUAUUUGAUGUUACUUCAAAACCACCGAAAAUAG